CUCACCUGCUGAACAUCAGACGCACUUUGACCUCUGACCCCUGAAGGAGCCAUGAGCCACCAUCAGAACUCUCUGGGUCCUGGUGCCGAGCCUCUGUCUCCUCUUCCUCCGCCACAUAGCCAUAUUGAUGAAGAAGAGGAGGACCUGAACAAGGUCUUUGAUGUUCAGGGUUUUCAGCAGAUCCUUGGUCCUGCAGCUCGCAGCCCACCGGAGAAAAGUAGAGUCUACGAUGAGCAGGACUUUGAGGAUCACCGUCACUUCUCCCUUCAUGUUCAUCACCCGCUGUCCAAACCGCCCAAUGAGAGCAGGAGGAAGAGGACCAACCAGGGGAGGAAGGAGGGGAGGCAAGGCUCCGCCCCUAACACUGCAACCACCAUAGAAGAAGACCAGGAGGAAGAGGAGGGCGAGGAAGAGUCCUACUGUCAGAGUGGAGAGGAGGGGGGGCGAACAACCACGCCCACCAGUGAUGCUCCAACCAUCUCGUCAAAUCACAACGGACUCUCAGCCGGUUGCAUCAUGACAAGCGUUGCCGUUGACGACACUGACGAGGCAGAAACGCUGAUGUGUGUCGACCUGGACAGCAUCAAGAGUCACCGAUUGGAUGAUGUUCCUGCCGUGAGGCGUCACCUGGUGAAGCGGAGCUCCAGAGGGCCGAUCGUCCACGUCACCAAAGAUCAGAUCAGAACAUCGUCACACCUCCAACACCUCCAACCGGACCGGACUCCUCAUGAGGUGUUCGUGGAGCUGAACGAGCUGGUAAUCGACAGGAACCAGGAGCUGCAGUGGAGGGAGACAGCCCGGUGGAUCAAGUUUGAGGAGGAGGUGGAGGAGGAGACGGAGCGCUGGGGAAGACCACAUGUCGCCUCCCUGUCCUUCCGCUCCCUGCUGGAGCUCAGAAAAACCAUCUCCCACGGGGCGGUGCUUCUGGAUCUGAAACAGAAGACUCUGCCGGGUAUCGCUCAGCAGGUGGUGGAGCAGAUGGUGAUCUCAGAUCAGAUCAAAGCUGAAGACCGAGCCAACGUCCUCCAAGCUCUGCUGCUCAAACACAGUCACCCCAGUGAUGAGAAAGAUCACAGCUUGUUCAGCAGGUACAUCUCUGCAGCCAACAUGGCCACCUUGAUGGACAGACACAACGGCCAAUCAGAGCCUUCCAUCAAUCUGACGAAUCACAAAGAAUCGGAUGGAGAGAAGUCCAAGAAAGAAGCCCUGCCCAUCAGUCUCUCCAGAUCCAAACAUGAAGUGAAGCUGAUGGAGAAGAUCCCAGAGAGAGCUGAGGCCACCGUCGUCCUUGUGGGCAGUGUGGGCUUCCUGGAGCAGCCGUCUAUGGCGUUCGUACGGCUGCAGGAGGCGGUCCUGCUGGAGUCCGUCCUCGAGGUUCCGGUUCCUGUAAGGUUCCUCUUCCUCCUGCUGGGUCCGCCUACCGCCAACAUUGACUACCAUCAGAUUGGACGCUCCAUCUCCACGCUCAUGUCCGACAAGCUCUUCCAUGAGGCAGCGUACCAGGCCGACGACCGCCAAGACCUGCUGACGGCCAUCAACCGGUUCUUGGACUGCAGCGUCGUCCUCCCUCCUUCUGACGUUGGUGGCAACGAGCUGCUCCGCUCGGUCGCCCGCUUCCAACGAGAAAUGCUGCGAAAGAGGGAGGAAGAGCAGAGCAGCAAACUGCAAGAGAGACAGACCAUUGUUCAGCCGGUCGGAGACUCCCUCGUGCCCUCCAAACCCGGUGAUGAGCCCCUGAGGAGAUCAGGCCGUCUUUUCGGAGGUCUGAUCAAAGACGUGACUCGGCGCUACCCUCAGUACCUCAGCGACAUUCGAGAUGCUCUGAACCCUCAGUGCAUGGCCGCCAUCGUCUUUAUCUACUUUGCCGCUCUGUCACCUGCCAUCACCUUUGGAGGACUUCUGGGUGAGAAAACCGAGGGUCUGAUUGGUGUGUCCGAGCUGAUCGUGGCCACGGCGAUGCAUGGCAUCGUGUUCAGUGUGCUGGGGGCUCAGCCUCUGCUGGUGAUCGGCUUCUCUGGGCCACUGCUGGUGUUCGAAGAGGCCUUCUACACGUUUUGUAAAGCCAAUGGGGUCGAGUAUCUGACGGGUCGGGUCUGGAUCGGUUUCUGGCUGGUGCUCAUCGUUCUUCUCACUGUGGCCUUCGAGGGAAGCAUCCUGGUUCGCUUUGUCUCCCGUUUCACUCAAGAGAUCUUCUCCUUCCUCAUCUCCCUCAUUUUCAUCUAUGAGACCUUCGCCAAACUGGUCAAGAUAUUCCAGGAGCAUCCUCUCCAAAACUGUUUCCAUGGAAACAACACAGUAUCUCCAUCUAUGUGCAACUACACUACAGCUGCUGGGGAUCCUGGGAAGGUUCUUGGAGAACCAAACACAGCUCUGCUGUCCUUUGUUCUCAUGGUGGGAACAUAUUUCAUCGCUUUCUACCUGCGCAAGUUCAAGAACAGCUCCUUCUUCCCCGGCACGCUCCGUAGGAUCAUUGGAGACUUUGGUGUCCCCAUUGCUAUCCUCAUCAUGGUGCUGGUGGACUACAGCGUGGAGGACACCUACACCCAGAAACUGAACGUGCCCAGUGGAUUCUCAGUGUCCAGUCCGGAGAAACGUGGUUGGUGGAUCUCUCCUCUGGGGUCGGACGGGCAGUUUCCUGUCUGGAUGAUGGCUGCCAGCAUCCUGCCGGCCAUCCUCGUCUUCAUCCUCAUCUUCAUGGAGUCCCAGAUCACAGCGCUGAUCGUCAGUAAGAAAGAGAGGAUGCUGGUGAAGGGAACUGGUUUUCACUUGGAUCUCCUCAUCAUCGUGGUGGUGGGUGGAGUCUCGGCACUGUUUGGUUUGCCCUGGUUAUCGGCCGCCACAGUUCGCUCCGUCACUCACACCAAUGCCCUCACCGUCAUGAGCAAAGCCGUCGCUCCGGGAGACAAGCCGCGCAUCCAGGAGGUCAAGGAGCAGCGGGUGACGGGCUUCCUGGUGGCGGUGUUAGUGGGUCUGUCCAUUGUCAUCGGGGAAGUUCUGCGUCAGAUCCCACUGGCGGUUCUGUUUGGGAUCUUCCUCUACAUGGGUGUGAUGUCGCUUAAUGGGAUACAGCUCACUGAGCGACUCAUCCUGCUGCUGAUGCCCCCGAAGUACCACCCUGAUCACAACUACGUCCGCAAGGUGCGGACGUUGAGGAUGCACCUGUUCACUGUCAUCCAGCUGACCUGUCUGUCUCUCCUGUGGGUCGUCAUGGCGACAGCGGCGGCACUGGCCUUCCCCUUCAUGCUGCUGCUGACCAUCCCGGUGAGGAUGCUGCUGCUGCCCCGCCUCUUCAACUGCAGAGAGCUGCAGAGCUUGGAUGCUGACGAUGCAGAGCCUCACCUGGAGGAGAAGGAGGGGCAGGACGAGUACUCACAGCUGCAGAUGCCCGUGUGACCAGCAGCAGCCUCCCGAUUGGCCGAUCAACC